CACGCAAGUUUUUAUUUUAGUGAAGGUUUAUCCGGUUUUUUAUAAACAAAUUGAGGGAAAAAGCAAAAGGAUGGAAACUAACAAGGAGGCCGGGUCGAUAAAAAUGUCCGACCAAUACUUAUAUUAGCAGAGCUCUUGUUGUUCUGCUCCACCACCACCAUUCGGGCUCGUUUACAUUCUACGUCCACGUAGAUGAUAUGAUCGAUCACGUCGCCACUACGUUUUUGGCGGGCAACGGAGCUGCACGGGCGUCGUCCUCGUCUUCGUCCUCAUCCUCUGUUGCGCGUGCCCGUGCCCCACUGAGCGAUAGCUUUUUGCCGCCCGAAAACAGUGACAUCUACCUGCAACUUCAUCAGCACGGAAUAAAUGACAGCGCCGGCGAUCAUUAUGUUGAGCAAGAGGGUGGUCCUUUUUCAUCUGCUCCGGAAAUUCUGCCCCGUCCGGUCAACCGGAGGUAUUGGCACGACAAGUAUGCUGCCAUUGUCGAUCCGGAGAGCAAGGGCCGAUUUUCCGUGAAAUCGAAACGCCCGAUGGACCUCCGGCAGCUGCUGUUUUGGUGGGAGCGGUCGGGAAAAACAGAGGCCGACGAGGAGAAAAGCGGGCACCCAUCUGGUAUUCCGGACGAACUACAGAGUAUCGGUAGUUUCGGUAACGCUGCAAAAUUUGAGCAGCUGCGCCGAGAAACAAGAACCAUGUCUGAAGCACGCUCUGUUGGUGCUGGCCACCGGCAGAAAAGUUACAAGGGCCAGCACGAGAAUAAAAUUUACAGAAAUGAUUUCGCCUUGGUGAAGAUGAUGAGAGAACAGAACCAAGUUGCGCCGCAAGACGAUACAAGUACUACUCCGGUGCGAGGCGACGUGAGCGUGACACGAACACCUCUGGCCCAGAUGACCGCGAGCAGUGGCAGCUCCUCGAGAGGAGAUUCGGACCUUGUUGCUGAGGGCAGAACGCGAACAGGGGGCAUGUUCGAGCACCCGCACUCUGGUACAUCGCAGCUCCUAGACGUGAACAACACGACACCGCAAACCGUCUUUCUCUCUCCCUCCCCGUCUCGAGGACCCGUUCAUAUGAAAACACGAGCCGGAAAGGCAGCAGUGACCACGCCGCUGACAGUGCUGCCACCUCACUUGCAGCUGCACCUUGUUGGAAAGAACAAGGACCACGUGGCCGUGGAGCAGGACGAAGACUUUUCACCAACAAGUAGGAGCUCCAUCGCGAUGCAGAAGACUACGCUCCUGUCUGAAGUUCUUGAUGAUGAAGCUGGUAAAGUUGUUGUGCUGGUGGAUGAAAGUGAAACCGAUGAAAAGGAGAAAGCUACAACAAGCAAACCCAAACCAGUUCCAAAAUUUGUCUUAAAGAAGCGCUCUUCCUCCAAGCGCUCAUCUAAGACAACUAGCUCCCGUGCGUCUUCUGCCUGUGACAAUCCGCUUCAGGUUCAUAGAAACGGAUCGCACGUGGGAGAAGAACAAUAUCAUAGCCAGUUGCGACGACCGACGAUACCGAAAGCUGCAGAGGGGAACAUCAAGCUGGAAGGAAUUGCGGAGUUGCGGACAGAAUGCGAAGAGCCAGAAGAUCAUCAUGAUGAAGACGACGAGAAUAGCGUGCUGAUCGCAAGUCCUGUUUUGGAGCGGCUUGUUGGGGAAAAGCACAACAAGGACGAGAAGAACAAUGCUAAACAGCAACAGGAACGUCACCAGCACCUUCUUGGUCACGAAUCCGCACAACAACGUCAAAAGCUUCGCAAUAAUACAGACGAGAUGAAGUUGAAGGGGAAGGAACGACCCGACGUAGACGUAGCACUAGAUCCUCGUGCAGGUGGUGCAUUUUUUGUCCACGAGGGGUUUCCGUGGACGAGCUCCAUGAUGAACCAGAAGGAACAAAAACAUCAACAGGAUGAAGAUCAUAAUGCCCAUGAAUGGUCGUCUAGUCUUUCGGAAGCGGCCGCGCGGCUCGCUGGAAGUGCGAAGCUCCUGCUUUCGCAUUCCACUUUCCCGUCCGUACCCAGAGUUGGCGCAAAUAUUAGCACCAGCAAGACAAUAACUCAAGGUGUGAGAACUGGCGGCUCUGGAAGACAAGAGGUCCAGCAGAAUUUCUCCUUCUACCCAGAAGCGACAUCACAGCAGCGCGAGCAGAUAGGUGGCAUGAUUGGCUCGUCGCCGCCGAGCCAGAGUGACGCAGUUCCAAUGUUUGAGCACUUUCAGUUCGGGAGUAGCAAGGAGAGCAUCAACGCAUACCAGCGCAAACAUCAGCCUGGCGGGGCGGGAAACACGACAAAUAACACAAAUUACACUCCGGGCGGUAGUAAAGAACUGCAGCUUCUUUCCGACGAGAAACUAGAAGAAAUGCUGAACAAUUUGCCCCUCGAUGACCGCGCAGCGUCGUACUAUCGCCGCAUGAACUCUGAUUCGUCCUCAAUUGCGUCAGAAGACGCAUCAGGCCCGACAGAAAGUCAGAAGGUUCGCAAAUCCAAAAGUUCGCGACGUUUCGAAAAGGCCUUUUAUCACGACGUCGAGACGGGGGACGACGUAGUCGCAUCUCUGGACGACCAGCUGCACGUUGAUCUUCAUCUCCCUCCUCUCGAUGAAAGCAGGAGGCACGGAAAAAAAAGAAGCAAAAAGGAAAAAAUGAGGAGAGCGGAUUUGAUGCAUGCGAAAUCCCGUGGCCUGCUGGAUUAUGUCCAAGAUGAUGCAGAGAUGAAAACAAGAAGAUCCGCCAUCCUCGGCGCCUUCCCGACCGUGUCGUCCUGCACGCCGUCGGAUGAUCAUGUCAGCAAUACUGCUUCGAAGAGGUCGUCGAAGUCGAAGUCGAACGACGUUGAACAAAACUUUAGAAGCAGCAAAACUACAUCAAAGAAUUAUCUUUACUACCCCUCGUCUGCCGCGUACCAGGAACAGCAGAGGGAGGCGCCCCUUCCGCCAAACAUGUACCGCCCAGCGAUCCCGCGGAACCACGCCGCGCAGCUGCUCCCGGACAACGAUUUUGCCAACCUGCAGCGGGACGGUUUGCUUGCGCAACUGGCCCGGAAGAACGAGGUGCUGGUCCACGGGGUGGCCGAUUUGACGGGCGUGCUCCGCGCCAUCGCGUCGCAACUGCCGUACCUGCCCACCGUGGUGAGCCAGUUCAUGGGGAAAGAGAACCGGGGCCUCCCCCCCGCCCUGUUCCAGCAGUCUGUCGCGCUGGCGCACGCCGUGCACGCCUUCUGGAUCCACCAGAACGCGCUGAUCUACCUCCUGGAGGACCGCGCGGUUUUGCUCCGCCAGAUGUGCCUCGCGGAGGUUCGCCUGCGGCAGAUCGAGCGGGACCACCGGUGGCUGAUCCGCGGCCUGCACGAGGAGGUGUUUGGCGAGAAGCGGAGCGCCGCGUGCGUGCAGCGGGCUCAGGAGUUUUCCAAGUUGCUGCACUUUCGCGACCGCAUGAAGUUCCGGCUGCAGGGACUGAAGGACAAGGACCAGGACCUGCGGCACGCCUUCUUGAACGCGGAAGCUGCGACGCGGCUAGAGAUCCGCCACGCACUGCUCUUCCUGGAGCGCUGCGUGUACGCCGGGCUGAUUCCGCAGACCCAGGUGGCCAUCAACACCGAGCGGGAGGUGUCGCUGCUCGUGAAAAAGGGGCAGCUGCUGAUGAUGCUCGUUCACCUGCUGGAGGAGGUGAUCGCGGUGCGCGUCGAGUACAUGGACCGGGAGGAAAUCAUCACGGGCCAGAACGGCGCGCUCUCCGUGCAGGAGCGGCAGCCGGACCGCGGGUAUUCCAUCACGAAGUACUUGCGGAGCUCGAACCAGGGGCGGCUGCGCUACGUCGCGGACGCCGACCAUGUGUUCGACCGCGACAUGAAGCUUGCGAUCGGGAAAUCCAACCGCAUUCCGCUGGAGCACUGGCACGGCAAGCGCGAGGUCCUGGGCGAGAUCUUCUCGCGCCCCCUGCCGCACAAGAGCGAGACCAAGCUGAUCGAGAAGGAGUUGGCGGAGAUGCAGAAACUGGCCAAGCCGCUGGAGACCAUGCCACUGGCGCCCUGGCUCUCGAAAGCUAUGAAGCACCGCAUCAAGGACCUGGAAACCUUACUGCAGGCCAGCCGGCGGGCGGAGAUCGAUAAGCUGGACAAGGACGCCGUGGACACCGAGCAGCUGUGGGAGUUCGGGGCGGACCCCCAGGGCGGCAUGCAGAAGGCCAUCCGGGAGGGCUUGGAGAAGGUGAAGCUGAACCCCGGCCUCACCGUCGCCCUGGCGCAGGAGCACGAGGAGGAGGACUUGAUGGCCAUGUCCCGCGUCUAUCGGGACGAAGACGAGGAGGAAUUAUCCAGGAAAAAACACCCAUCCACAUCCAAUUUGUCAUGCAAAACAUACGUAAAAUCCUGUGUUUGUCAUGCAAAAAAUGGAUGUGGAUGGGUUUUUUUCUGUGCAUAGGAAUCGUCGGAGUACUACAGCGAGGAGGAGGAGGACGAGGACGAAGACUACGAGUCCGGCUACGAAUCGAAAUCGGGGGCAAGCAAAAGCGGCGUUUCCGGGGGAAGCAGCUCGUCUGGGUCUGGCGACAGUGCCCACCCAACCUCUGUGUCGGCGCUAUCCACCAUUGCUUCGCAGUUGCAGAGCAAGUACAACUCGCAAGCGGCGAGCAAGACCAGCAAAGCCAAAAAGCCGGGAUCCGAAGAUGACUCGGACGAAGAUUCGGACGACGACAGCGACGAGGACGACAGCGGUCUAUCACAUCGAAAAGGCUAGUUUACGUAGUACGGUGCAGUUGUUGUGAUGCGGACUUGACAUACAGUCAUGAAGAUGCAUUUGCAUACUUACUCCAUCGAAGUGGAUUCUUUACUUAGUCUUAGUUACAAUAAAACUUGCAGAUUAAAGAGAACACGCGAAAUCAAGGUGCGGUGCCCGCGCUUUUUAUACAACAGAUAUUGAAAAUUUAAAUUAUAACAAAGCAAGAAUGCAAAUAAAACUGCUCAAGAAUGUGGAUCUUCAUUCAAGAGAACAUCAUUCAAAUGUGCAGCAGCUAUAGCUGAAGCAGUGCUAGAGCAUGGGCACCAAGAGCAAGAGGAUACUCUUUGAGAAAAAAAGCGACGAGCCUCAGGACGUCAUGAGUGGAAAUGCAAGAGGAACAUCACGUUCUAACGACGUGCUGUAUGAAAACAAGUACUUUUCGGUCUGAUAGCCUUCAGAUGAAGACGACGACGAUGAAUCCGGAUCGGACGAAGACUCCGACGACGACGAUGAUGACGACGUCGACGGCUCCUCGAGUUCAUAAGGAUCAACGGCGCAAGAAUCGAUUCUAACGGGUCGAAGUUGUCAGUACUGUAGUCCUAGUCGAUCUACUUGACAAGGCGAAGGAAUAUGCAGGGUUGAAAUUAUUCGAAAUUAGUUUUAGCUCAGCAGGUGGAGCAGGACGAUCCUCUGCAUGUUCUGGUGCAUCUAUCAACAGAUCUACUCCUCCUUUUCCAGCCGCGAAAGAGGAAGGCGAAAAUGUUAAUGAAGCACGGGAGUACUAAAAAAGUUUCAUCUUCAAUCAUCCUAACUUGAAAUACUGCACAUUAUGAAUAUCAACAAUUACAAUAAUAUAUCAUUCUGUUUAAUAUUUCGACCCACUGAAACUGAUAGGUUUGCAUUUGCAUUGCUUGUUCGUGAAAUUCAAACAUUCAUCAACUCUGUUAGCUAAAAAGUAGAAGAAGUACAACUCAUGGAUUUACAUGGAGGAUGCUGUCCGUGCAGCUUGCUAUUUUUAUGACACCAGUGGCGCUUAUGUGUUGAAGUUGAUGUGAAUGCGAUUGUGGAGCGAGUUUCACACUACACUAAUUCCUUUCUGUGUCUGUAUUUAAAUCUCCUCCCACUUAUUCUGUAAGAAUAAGCGUGACGAAUUGGCGGAAACGAAAAUCGGAUAAACGCGAAUUUUUAGGCAGCUUCACCCACUACAGCCACAUCCUGUAUCAACAUUUUGAUUUCGAAAUGCAAUUGAUAUUGGCCACGAAUGUAUACAGAAAGCACAUACUACGCC